UUAGCAGCAACAUGAAGAGGUUCUAAGAAUCUCACCGUUUAGGACUCUACACGGAAUAUUCCCUUAUUCCUGCGUUCUCCUCAUCCCUUUCAAUCACCACAGAAACAUCUUCUCGUAAUAUUCCAAUGGCAUCCAAAUUUGAACCCUUCCUUUUCAUUCGUAUAAAUACCCUCUUCUCUCCUUAGUCUUUACAAACCAAGAACUUGUUAAAAACACCAACUUCUUCUUGCCUGCCUUUCUUGUAUUUUCUUUCUGUUACGUCCCAUGGCUGGAAUUGUGGUUGUUUUUGAUUUUGAUAAGACCAUUAUUGAUGUUGAUAGCGAUAAUUGGGUCAUUGAUGAACUGGGUUUUACAGACUUGUUCAAUCAACUUCUCCCUACCAUGCCCUGGAACUCUCUCAUGGACAGGAUGAUGAAGGAGCUUCAUUCUCAGGGAAAAACCAUUGAUGACAUUGUUGAGGUCUUGAAACGCACUCCUAUUCAUCCUCGAAUUGUCCCUGCUAUUCAAUCAGCUCAUGCUUUAGGGUGUGAGUUGAGGAUUGUCAGUGAUGCAAAUUUGUUCUUCAUUGAAACAAUCUUGAAGCAUCUUGGAUUAAGGGAUUACUUCUCAGAAAUUAACACAAACUCAGGAUUUGUUGAUGAAGAAGGAAGGUUAAGGAUCUUCCCUUACCAUGAUUUUACUCGGUCUUCUCAUGGUUGCAGCCGCUGCCCACCAAACAUGUGCAAGGGUCUCAUCAUUGAAAGGAUCCAGGCUUCCUUAGCAAAGGAGGGAAACAAGAAAAUCAUUUAUCUUGGUGAUGGUGUUGGUGAUUAUUGCCCAAGCUUGAAGCUUACAGAGGCAGAUUAUUUGAUGCCAAGGAAGAAUUUUCCUGUGUGGGAUUUAAUUUGCAGAAAUCCCAUGCUUAUCAAGGCAGAAAUUCAUGAAUGGAUCGAUGGGGAGGAGCUAGAACGUGUAUUGCUUCAGGUUAUUGGUGCAAUUUCUAUGGAAGAAAGCAAUGAAAAAUCUGCUCAUUUAUUCUCUGCUGAUUGCAAGUUGCAGACUAUAACCAUUGGGGCCCAUGAAGCCUUCCCUAAAGCUCUUGCUGUUCCUCAGUAAUAAGCUUUUGUAACCCAAAUGUUGGCGGAUGCCACACCUAUCAAGUUAACAGGAUUUUUUUUCUUUCCUUUUUUUUUUCUUGGGUUAACAAGAAGCAAGAAAGUUUGUGAUGCUGCUUAUGAUCAAGAAUGGAUCCAAGGAAUGAAUCCAUAUACAAGUAUGCUUUAACUUGUAAAAUAUUGAUAGUCUCUGCUUCUGUCUUAAGUCCUGCCAGUAGUAGCCAACAGGGAAAACUCAGCCAAAAAUAGCUCAGAAGCCAGAAAGAGCAAGUUUUCCAAUAUAAUUGCAGAAAAUAGAAAAUUAGACUGCCAUCCAUUUUCUGGCAAAACCUCUGAUUAUGUGAAUUGUUUUUUCACUGUCUUACUAGACUUGUGAUGGGCAGCAUCGGCAUCAAGGAAGAAUAAAGAAUUGUGCAGUUAAGAGUUUCAUACCUCUUAAGAUUUGAUUCCUUGAGCAAAAUUUCAAGAGAAUGUCCACCAUAUAUUCUAUGCCCAUUUUUUAACA